AUGCCUCCUCGUGGUCGCAAAAGAAAACGACCUUGUGAUGAACACGCUAAGGAAGAGGAAGAUGAAUCUAAUACAGUUAUAAACGUGACUGAGGAAGAUAACACUCAUCUAGUUACAGUUGCAACUGUUGAGAACGGAAAUAAGUCGGAUAACGAAGAAGAGUUCAUUGAGGUUGAACUUGAUGAUGUUCCUUCUACUAGUUACGAAACUAUGACUGAAAAAGCAACCAGUGUGAAUGAAAGUAAAUCUCCUAGUAAACGUAAAGCUCCACCAGCGAAAAGAGGACGAAAGUCGGCCAAUAGUGUUCCUAUAUUAUCUGAAGGAUCGAAGCCUGAACCUUCAUCUCCAAUUAAAACUCGUGCUGCUGCUUUCCAGGAAAAAGUAAUGCUUGAGAUGAAGAAUGAAGAUUCCUUCGAAGAAACCGAAUGCCGUUGUCAUCUAUGUGAAAUGACUCUUAUGUCAGAGCUUGAACUGUUUGAACACAAACGAGCUUAUCAUAAAGAGCAAGUAACCAAAGCUGAUGUAUUGAGUGGGUCUUUAUUAUGUGCUCACCCUCACUGCAAUGGAUCUUUCCCUAAUAUUAAUCAUCUGAUCGCACAUCUGGUUGCAUUCCAUAAUCAACAACAGUAUCGAGUUAGGCGUAUUCAGUUCGAUAGGAUUGAUAAGUUCGAUGGUUGGCGGAAAGAGUUGGAACGUAGUUCCCGAUGUUCCUUCAUAGCUUCGCAAGAACCGGCAGGAUCUGCAGAUUCUUAUACAAUUCAUAUGUUCUGCGAGUUUUGUGAAGACUGGAGAAAUCAAGCCGAAAAGGGACCUUCUCAUCCUCAACAAGUUCCGAACAAAAUUAUAGGAUGUCCUUCCUAUUUUAUUGCUUCUGUGGAUAACAAGAAAGACAAAGUAUCCGUAGUUGGUUGUUUCGCUCAUCUAGGGCACCAUAAGAAGCCAUCGUGGUCAGCCAUACCAUGCGAUGCUUAUGUUGCAGCUAAAGAUGAUCAACAAUAUUCCGUCACAAGUGUUAAAUGCUCUAAAUGUGAAGCUGUUUUCCGGUCCAGGACGGCAGCGUCACGUCACCACAGACGUGUGCACGAAGGAAUACUUGAUGGUCGUUCUUCAGAACCAAAAAUGCCUUCCUUAGAAUGUGGAGACCCUGAAUGUGAUGUCGUAUGUGAUAGUAUGGUUACCUUAGUGCAGCAUGUUGCUGAAGCUCAUAACAGAGAUGAUUUAACUGUAGAAGAGUAUAAGUUCAAUAACAUGGAGGAGUUCGAAUCCUGGAAAUUAAGAAUGGAAGUGGAAACAUGCUCUCGAUUUGCCAAGAUUUCUGGUCGAGAUAUGAAGCACGAAGCUACUAAAUAUUUUCUAUGUCACUUGAGUGGCCACACAAAUAGAUUACGGAGAAAGGCAGAUUCUAAUGUUCAUCGACAAAGAAACAGACCUACUAAAAAACUUGGACGAUACUGUACCGCUUUCAUGAGUUUGAAACUUAACAAAGAUGAUAAAACUGUUGCUAUUAGAGGAUGUUUGGGUCAUUUUGGACAUUCGUUUGAUGUGCGACGUCUUCCAUUGACAGACGUGUUGAAGAAGGAAAUAACUGAACUUUUGUUGAAAGGAUGUUCCGAAGAUGAUGUUGUGCAGAUAGUGAGGAAUCGAUAUUCUGAGCAUGAAAGAGGUUAUUGGCUUCAACGUUAUGAAGUCAGAAAUGUGACUCUGAAGCUGCAAAAGGAAGGUACCUAUGUGAAGGAAAUGUUUGCUCCAGUGGACGAGGAAAGAGAGUGGGAAGAAUCUCUAGCCGUACCUCAAUAUUUAACUGGAGGACAAGAAACUGCUCAGUAUACUGAACAAACUUAUAUAAGGGAAGAUGAUCAACGAGCUAUUGCCAUGCCUGGUAUGUCUGUAGAUAUGCGGUUUAAGCAAGGACGAUCCUUGUCUGAUAUUCAUUUGACUCGAAGAAGAGGCUUCAGUCAGAGCCAGAGGCAUAGAAUUGUAGGAGGCCCAACCAAGAUAAAGCGAGACAUUUUGCCUCAUGGAAUGGAUCUUGUUGAAUAUGGAGAGUAUACAGCCGAUGGGGAAAUAGUUGAUGUUCGAGAAGUUGACGGCAUGCUAGAAGCUAAUAAUGAUGUUUAUUAUGAUACCUCCUAUGAAGAGGAAGAGAAAGUUGUAACCUUACCUCAUCACACAGUGUCAUCCCCAGCAGCGCCAUUGCAGCUAGCCCGUAAGCGAGUUCCAUUAUUGAAAGAGCCAGGUGUGACCGGGAACGCUGAUUUCGAUGAUCUCAUGAAUCGUAUCAAAGAUAGAAUUGACAAUAUAUCACAGCAACUCAAAGUUACUCAAGAUGUUCCUAGAGCUCAAGAACUUCUCAGGGAGCUCAAGUCUUUGGAAGGACGACUCGUGUCUGGUGGUGUUGGACAAACAACUGUGCCAACGAUUCUACAACCUCAAAGUCAAAGUUGGGAUGUUGAAGUUGCAGAAGAUUUUUACCAAGAUUAUGAUGAUCAAGAUGUUGAUCACGAAGUUGAACUGCAGCUUCACGACAUGGCAGACGGAUAA